GUUUCUCUCUGCUUCUCUGGUUGUGUCGGCUUCUUUGUGCAAAAGCUACAAUUUUAGAUUAUUUUUUAAAAACAUCAAAAAGCAAAAUGUCGGGUCCCGGUCGUAACGAUUGUAGAAUAUACGUUGGCAAUCUUCCCCCAGAUAUACGCACCAAGGACAUCCAGGAUCUCUUUUACAAAUUUGGCAAGGUAACUUUUGUCGAUCUGAAAAACCGACGCGGUCCGCCAUUUGCUUUUGUCGAAUUCGAGGAUCCAAGAGAUGCAGAUGACGCUGUACAUGCUAGAGACGGCUACGAUUAUGACGGGUAUAGAUUACGAGUGGAAUUUCCUCGCGGAGGCGGCGGCCAUGGUGGUGGCGGUGGCGGAGGCGGCUUUAGAGGUGGUCGAGGCGGCGAGAGAGGCAGAGGCUCUAGGGGACCACCGGCUAGAAGAUCACAAUUUAGGGUUCUUGUUACAGGCUUACCUCCAUCUGGAUCAUGGCAAGACUUAAAAGAUCACAUGAGAGAAGCAGGAGAUGUAUGCUUCGCAGAUUCCUUCAAAGAUGGCUCAGGUGUUGUAGAGUUUUUGAGAUACGAAGACAUGAAGUAUGCCAUUAAGAAGUUAGACGAUUCAAGAUUUAGAUCACAUGAGGGAGAAGUUGCCUACAUCCGUGUGAAAGAAGACAAAGGCGGCAGUGAAAGAAGAUCCGGAGGUAGAUCAAGAAGUCGAUCUUUCUCGCCCCGCAACAGGGGCUCACCGACAUACAGUCCCGUGCAUAGAAGUUUCUCGAGGAGCCGUUCUCGUUCAUAAUUUCCAAGCGUGGAUAUUAUGUACGUAUUGCGUUAUUCUAUGAGGCAUUUCCUUGAAGUAAUUUUUUCAUGUGCAAAUAUUUCUGUUGAUUAUCGUUAUCUUAAAUUGUGGCGAUUGAGAUUGGUUAAUUGACAUUAUGAAUAAUGAAAAUGUAGUAUUUUUAUUUAUUCAUUGAGUUUUCCAAUGAAAAUCAGUUUCAUUAUCGUGUCAAUUUUAUUGAAAGAUAAUAAUGUUGUAAAUCUUUGAUAAAAAGUGGCUUACCAAGCAGGGGAUGGCCCAGGUUCGAUCCUGGAAGACACCAGACAUUUUUUAAUUUCUAAUUUAACUGAGCCACCACCAUCUUUCGGAGAGCAUAUAAAGCUGUCAGUCUCUGCUAAGUAGUAGUUAGCCAGAAGGUUACACAAAUGAAAGAUAUACAAUAAGCCAAUUGGCUGAAGUAUGACCAAGAGAAAAAAUAUUUGUUGAAAUAUAUUUAGUUCACAUUGCUUUGACUUUUUACAUUUUGACCACUGGUGUCAUCACCAUCUCAAAAAAUGCUGAUCUUAAAAGUCAUACUUUACAUCCAGUAAUUUGGUUUCAUUGAAAGUACCAAAUUUGGCUAUUAAUAUAUUUUGACCAAAAUUUGAUAGUAUUUCCAGUUUUAUAAGAUGACAGUAAUAAUUUUCCAAUGUUUUUUGGAAAUAGGAAAAAUGUUGCACCAUUCACUUGAAAUUGCUAGGUUAGGUCAUAUACUCUUGGAAUUUGCCUAAAAAAUAGAAUAUAGGUUAAGAAAUUGGUAUUGCUAUUAAUGUUUUCUUUUUUUUUUUAAUAAUUUCAUUUGUCUAUUUGCCGUUUGUGUGUUGUACAUUCCGAAUUUUUUUAAAAAAUAAUCAUGUGCCAAGAACCAAGGAAGAAAUAAUAGUGGUUUUUUCUAGUAAGUAAUUUGAAAUAUUUCUUUGUUUUUUGGCACUGUUCGAUUCUUCAAACUUAAAUUAAUGAUUUUUUAAAUAUUAUAAGACUCUAGGCACUAAUGUAUAAUUUUUUUUUCUGUCUAUGGUACCUUUGCUGAACCUGUGUAUCAGCGAUGGACGAUUUUGG